CUUAACCGGCCAGGAACAGCAUUACAGGUAGAUAUAAGAAGCUGAAGCUUAUUUGUUUUUCUUAAAAUGCUUUAUCACUGAAAGUAUGCUGUCUUUGUUUCAACUAAGAAUCAAUUAUAUUGCCAUUUCUUAUGACUUAGUUGCCAGUGAUGACAUAUUUUCUUUCUUUCCUUACCAAAUCAGCACUUCUUACAGACCCGUUUUGCCUAAGUGAGUUAUGUAAUGUAGGAUUGAAGGCUUGUAGAGAAAUGUCCUUGUAUGUAAAUGAUUUAUUAGCGGCAAAUAUUUACUCAUCUCCUUUUCUUCCUCUUAUCGUUACUUCUUCCUCUUCUUUUUUCCCCUUUUUACAUCCUGGUGGAGUUUAAUUAAGACUCCUGCUUUAAUAGAAGUUGAUAAAAAAAAGAGAAGGCCAAUUGGCGAAGCCGUUCGUUAGUUAGAGUUCUUUACCAACUUUUACCACAGCCAGCCUAAAGGAUAUGGUAUAUUUUUAUUUUUUCAGGUGACGCUUUCGUUUUCCAAAAGAACGAAAACUGCGAUGGACUCAAAUAACAGAGCAGUUAACGGUGAGGUUGCAAUUGACUUCAAAGGAGAUGGAAUUUACAACCAGAGACAUGCACCGCAUUCGCCAACUCUCGGACAUCACGCACCUUGGAGGUCUUACAACAGGGAAAACAAAAUGCCAGAAGAACAAGUAAGAUUCUAUUUUAUUUCCCUCUUUUAUUUUAUUAAUUUUUUUCUUUACUUCGCAAUAGAUCUUCAAUUUUAAAAAAAUAUAUAUAUUAAAUAAAUUUUGAAAAACUUCGCUAGUGCAUAGCCACAUUUUAAAAUUUAUGUUCACCAUUUCUUUGCAACCUCUACCUUUCGUUCCGUCAUUGUACAUCAAUUUUCCUUUAAAAAAGUUAUACUUUGUGACAUUCGUUCUUUAAUCUCGGCCUUAUGCUAAAUUUACUGAUAUAGCGUGGUGCAAAAUCUGCUAAGCUUAACUUACGAGAUAUAAUUAAGCACGAAAGGUAAAAUCCUUGCACAUUAUCUAGCUAGUAACAAUUUUUGAAAAGUACCCUGAGUUUAAUGACCUAAGAUCGACCAUUCGAAUUUGUACAGCCAAAGGAUACACAAGGAGUUUUAAGGACGACUUUGGUUUAAAGUUUCUGUUUUCGCCUCAGCUGGGGUACUUUUUAACAAUCAUAUGAAAGUUGCCCGCCCCGAUCGUUUUUGGGUGCAGCAUUAUUCACCAGAGCCUAACAUUAUAAUUAGAAAAUCGUGCAAACCAAGCAAUAAAACAGAGAAGGAAAAUAUACUUUUUAUUUCUUUGCUCAGAUUUUUACCGAUACAGGAAAUUUUUCGAUCGAUGUUUCAAUAUCAGCACGCUAUUGGAAUAUCGGGCAAUCAAGGCUAACUACCCCACUUUACUUGCGCUGAAACGGAUACUCCAAAAUCGUUAACCUGAACUGUUAUUUUCCUUGAUCAGGAUCUUGGAGUAAACACCUUAACUGAUCACUAAAACUUAAGCCUUCCUUGGUCAUGCUUGAUGUCUUUGUACUUUUGCCAAAAGGUUUACAUUUCAGUCUGAAAAUCAGACAAAAAAUUUGUAUUGUUCUCGUGGUUGAAGAAACCACAUUGAUACAAAGCCGCAACAACCUAAAAACCAUUAACCUAUUUUUAUUCUUUUUUGCACAAUUUUUAUGUUGAAUGAACGACAGUUUUAAGGUCCCAUUAGUCAAUAAAAUCGUUAACGUCAAAGAAUAAAAGGAAAGGAUAGAUUUGCCGCUCAUAAUUUUUUUCUUUACGCCGCAGACAUGCCAUAUAUAUUGCUCAUAUCGCUUAGUCACCUUACGUCACAGUGAUAGCGACGCUCGGAUAACUAAUUGCGGCACAAUUUUAUCAUUUAAAUAUAUUGAACUUGUUGCACAGGAAAUAGCUUAACUGCAAAGGAAAUGAGGGUUGACAACUAUAAAGUAUGUCGGUCACUUCACUUCUCCCUUGUUACAUUUAUAAGCCUCAUCUAUAUGUUUAUAUAUUUUUUGAAUUAAAAGAAAAAUCGGUUUUAUUUAUUAAGCCCUACAAAAGCCAUCAUCAAACUUUUGCUUAGCCGGCAUUUUUCUCGAAGCAAACCAAUAUUACAUUGGAAUUCAGGCUUGACCACAUUCAAAAGCCAAUACCUGCAAAAUAAGUCGAAUAACAAUACAUUAUUGACGCACAGUCUCUAACAAAAGAAUAUUGCAUCUCGCCUUAGUAGUAUUUAUAGAAAAUAUUUUGAGAUUGUAAUAUUUACUCGAGAAUUUUGCAGCAAUCAAAAGGUUGGCUAAACAGUCCUUCACAAAACUUCUUCCCCAAAACAAGUUUUUUGUAACUGACUCCUGAAAGAAAAAACAAACUAGGAGGCUUGUUUAGAUAGCUCAGUCCUGUUAUAAACACAGCAGAAAAUCGAAGCAUUAGGUUCCAGUAGCUUGAAAUCUUUACUGCGGCAAUAUAGGAAAAGAGAGUGAAUGAUAAUUAAGUGAUCAGGAGAUAGAGGAAAUAAGCUGAGUCAUUUGCUACUAGUUAAUGGCUUAAAAAUUAAUGAGUUAUUAAUGAAAGAAAGUCUUGAAAAAAAGGCAUUUUAUUUAUUUAUUUAUUUUUAUUCAAUUAUUUUUAUGGCGCCAUUAAUGAGGCUACUAGCAAGACUAACAAUACAGAAUAAAAUUAUUUAUUAUUUCAAUGACCAUUUAAAAUAUAUAUUUUUUUGACAUAAAUUUUAGAAUAAGCACUGGUGUAAAUUUGAAUUAAAACUAUGGCAUUGAAAUCCAAAUAAGGCUCCUUGAGCCGAGAUUAUAAUAAUUAUGAAUUACCACCGCAAAUGAUUCAAAAGCUUACGACUCGAUAACUCGUUAAAAACAAACUGAAACUUUUCAGCUUACAGUAAAAUUCACGGCAUCUUUCAUUUUGCUCUAUUCUUGGUCAGCAACCUUGUCACAAGUCGGCCAGGUUAGAGACAGGGCAAAACAAUUAAGAAGUUUCUUUCGCAGAAUUUUCAUAAAAAAUGUGAGUAUAGUUCCCAAAGAAGGGAAACGCUUUUGUCUUACCGUAUUUUUUCGAUUAACCGCCUUGGGCGCUUAUUAAAUUUUCGGACCUUGAGAGUGGGCGCUUAUUCGAGGUGGGCGCUUAUUAAAUUUUCACCAUUUUCAGCAAGUGAAGUAUGUUUAUGUUGCAACAAAACAAUAAAUACUAAUAACAAAACGCGAAGAAGUAACAAAGCAAGGUUUCUGUAAAAUACUCUGGAAAAAACUCCGUUCGCGGGGAAGUAUCUUAUUAAAAUUUAUUCACUCAAGUGGGUGGGGUGGGGGUGAGCGCUUAUUUGAGUUUGAUUGGGAGGAAGAGGGGGUGGGCGCUUAGUCGAGGCUGGGCGCUUAUUAACUUUUUCUGCCUUUAGGAUGGGCGCUUAUUCGAGGUGGGCGCUUACUCGAGGUUGGGCGCUGAUUCGAAUAAAUACGGUAUAAAACCAACAUGGCUGCUGUGACGUCAGCCGUAAACCAGCUGAAAUCGGAGUGAGUGGGUCCCUUCCUAUCUGUGAAUGGGAGAAAGAUCUCAAAAUCUAAUUCUUCUCAUGGUUACUAAAACAGACGUUAACCGACAGAGUUUAAGUUAAACCCAUUAAACAACGUAAACUUGGGUAUAAACGAUAUUGGUAAAACUGGAAUUUUUAAGUCACAACUGUUACUGAAAAAUGGGUUUAGAGUACUGGUCAAGCUGGUCUAGUCGGUCAAUUUGGCUGAAUAUCAACCAAGUUCUUUUCUGCAUUUUCAAAGACCGAGACGCAAAGUUUUAUGAGAAUAAAGAAGGCAAUUCCGAGCCGGUUAGAUAUAUAAGCCCAUCACGCCCUCUGAAAUAACCUAUCAGAACACAAAGUUCGCUUGUGGCUGCCCAAUGGUGGAGCCAACCAAGUGAAAUAAGAACUAUGACAGUCAACUUAUUGACUUGCCACAUCAGAAUCUACCCACUUUGGCGAGUAAUAGUUACAUUCGUCCCUCGUUUUUUUUUUUUUUUUUUUCAAUGAAAUCCAGAAACACAAAUAAUACAUUUCAUGUGUGACAUGGUUUUUGUUUGUUUGCUUGUUUCAGACUAUGCCAGGCGUGAAUGCAAAAGUUAAGAAACCACGCAGAACACCAAGAGAAUGGUUUAAGAAAUAUUUCUUAGAAGGUAAUCUUCACCUUGCAUAACCUGAUACCGUGAGCUAUUUAAAACGCCGUUUCAGUCAUAUAUCUAGGUUGGGCUAACUAUAUCCAGCCACGAGGCCAAUGUUUGUAUCCUGAAGGUCUAGCGUUGUCUUGGUUUUCUGUUUGUUUGUUAGAUUAUUUGUUUUACUCUUAUUAUCAUUUUUUUUUUGGUUUGUUUUUCAUGCUUCGAAAGAAGUUUUUCCGACCAGAACCCAGGUUGUUUACCAUUUACAAAAAUAUUGCGGAAAAGCCGGUUGGAAAGUAAAUGGAACAUGACUUUUUUGGUCGUUCCAGCUGAAAAUUUCCGGGAGCAACGGAACAUCUGAAAACUUAGUCCUGUUUUUCCGGACAGAAUAUUCCAAACAGAAAUUCGUGUUCCAUUACUUCAAAGCCAUCGUUGAUACCAGUUUCAGACCUUCGCGGUCGUUUUUCGGUAAAUGGAACCGAUUCGUACAAAUGGUAAACGAGAUUCCGAGGCUACAUUUACCAGUCCUGAAUUUUGCGUACGAUUUGCCUAAACCGUGGACCGACCGGUUUGCCCCUGUAAAUGGUAAACAACCCGGUUCUUCCCUAAGAAUUCCAAUUUGAUCUGGAACGCAGGAAGACUCGUUCAUCAACCUUUUGGUACUGUGCUCCGGCGUGGCGCGGCGUGUUGUCAUUUUAUUGUAAGCAUGAUAUAUAUAAGCUUAAUUACUGCACGCUUCCGCUCUUUUCUCUUAGACUACAAUGAAAAAAUAUAUUUUCUUUGUACACGCUCUGAAGUCUGGGCACCAGGAAAAUGAUCAUAUUUCUAAUAGCAACCAUUUUCCCGUGCUAUUCCUCAGGUCAGGCUUUAAAUGCAACUCAGACUCAGGCCCUAGAGAAACUUGAUCCAAACGCGCCCUUGAUCGAGAGAAUCCUCGUGCAGCAUCGCCGUCUGCUGGGUGUGGCCAUUCCGUUUGUAUUUUAUCAAGUUUUGUGGUGGAGCUGCGCCAUCAAAUACGACUUUUUCAGCUUGUUUGGAGAAAGAUAUUUCAUCUCCAUUACCAUGAUUUUUGGAUCUAUGAUUGCAGGUAAGGAUAACACAUUUUCAGGUUCACCUCCCUGCACCUUCAAAACAGAGCCAAGUAAAAAAAUCUCCCCAAUUGUUUUACCGCGGCAGGAUUAGUUUAUUCGGUUGAGCUCUUGACUGUAGAACGGGGGGGCGAGGAAGCGAUUUCCGAGGUAGAAAAAACUCAAGGUCUUAAAAUAACAGGAAAGCGAGGAUACUGACUUUGUCCUUCAGACCGCUAGACCUUGCAGCGGUUCGGGUAAUCAAUUAAAAUGGCGGCCUAUCUCCAGAGGGAGACGUAAAAAAAUAGUGCCCCUAAUUAGUACUUUCGUACUAAAUACGUUAACACACAAAUAAAGUGUUUUUUGGGGCUUGUUUGUUUGUUUGUUUAAGUAGUUUGGCCAGUUGAUCACCGCAACUUAUCCAUCUUCAUUUCUACCAGUUCUAUUUCUAAUUUUUUAACAUUUGGUUUUUAAUUUCCUUGUGAUUUGUUGAUUAUGAUUGCACGCGCCGUUUUUAUUGUAACUUGUUUAUAAUGGUUUUAGAUGUUUACUUAAAACGUUUUUCUCAACUUCCCUCCUCAGGAAUGACCAGCGAAGGGGGAGGCGCGGUCGCUUUUCCAGUCAUGACCCUUGCUUUCAAUAUUCCACCCUCAAUAGCACGUGACUUUUCGCUGAUGAUCCAGUCCUGCGGUAUGACGGCAGCAGCUUUCACCAUCUUCUGGAUGCGCGUACAAUUGGAAUGGCACUCCAUCAUAUUCUGUUCAAUCGGAGGCUUGAUUGGUAUGGCCAUUGGUCUGGAAUUCAUCGAUCCUAACCUUCUCCCACCUCAGAAGAAAAUAGGAUUUGUAAGUGUCUGGUUCUCUUUUGCGUUUGCCUUGUUCCUUCUUAACUUAUACCACAAGCGUAAGACCUACAAAGUCAUCCCACAAAUAAAUCUGUGGAAGCUGAUCGUCCUUUCACUCACUGGCUUCAUUGGUGGAAUCUUCUCCGCUAUCGCUGGAAGUGGUGUAGACAUAUGCAGCUUCAGCGUUCUAACGCUUCUCUUUCGUGUCAGUGAAAAGACAGCGACGCCAACCUCCGUUGUCCUAAUGGCGAUUAACACUGUGGUGGGAUUCUACUGGCGCCAGGUGAUGCAGCAAGCCAUCUCUGCAGAGGCGUAUUAUUACCUUGCCGUGUGCGUACCAAUUGUUGUAUUGGGCGCUCCUUUGGGAUCAGUUAUCGGUAGUCAUUUUCAUCGCCAGGUUCUGGCUGGUUUGAUCUAUCUCCUAGACACUGUGGCCUUAGUUAGCGCCCUUAUCAUCGUCCCAAUGACCGCAGCGCUAUGGGGUGCGUCUGCAGGUAUCAUAGCAUUUGGAUUCAUCUUUUUCGGACUGGUCACUUAUGCGGGACAAAAAAUCAUGGAAGGAGUCGAAAAGGAGAAUCAGCAGCUUCCAAAAACCCGCAUCGAGACAGGGGCAGAGGAGAGAGAAAAGGCAGAUGAGUAUUAUACUAAUGGAUAUCUGGCCCACAAAAAGCGUGUGGGGACUGGAAAUGAUAUUGAUCUUGGGCAGACGAAUGAUGGGUACUAUUCUAGAGGGUCAAUGAACAUGUUGUAG